AAACUAGCAGAGGAGCAGCGCCUCUUAUCAAAACAAGCAGAGAGGAGUCGGUGACCCGCAGGAUCUGCUGCUGCUGCUGCUGCUGCUGCGGUCCCACCUCAACCCCCCUGCAGCUGGUGAUUAUGUGGCCUGGACGGCGUCUGUAACGCAGCAUUUACACAUCUCCCUCCUCAGCUUGGGGGGCCACAUUCCUGAGAGCGUCUCUAUAUUUGUGUCCGUCUGCCAUGAUGGCGUCCCGUGGAUCCCUCGCCGAGCCCCCCCCCCUCCUGCAGCGCGCCUGGCUUCCUGUGAGCAUCAGCGGCUGCCAGCUGCUCGCCAAGACCCGGUUCGCCGAGACGUCGUAUCACAUCCUGCUGACGGACCUGCAGAGCGUCUGGGAGGAGAAGAUGGACUCUGCUGCCAUACAGAGCCGAGCGCAGGAGCUGAACAGGCGUCUGCGAGCUCCGGUCAAAGCUUUCUUCUCCCACCUGUGUGAGGUGGCUGAGCCGUGCCUGUCGGGAGGAGGAGGAGGAGGAGGAGGAGGAGGAGGAGGAGGAGGAGGAGGAGAUAGCGAGGCUCAGAUCUCUCUGACCCGACAGGAGGACGGAGACAUCAACAUGAGGCUGAAGAGCGAGCUGGCCGGUCUGCCUUUCUACUGGGAGUUUCACUGCACCCCCGCCCCCGUCACAGUGGUGUGUGUUCAGCUGGUGCGCCCCCUGCUGGCGAUGAGCCGCCUGCUGCAGCGGCAGGUGGAGCAGCUGGGAGAUCUGAUGGUCAGGAAGGACGCUGAGAUCCAAGACUACAGAGAGAACGGAGCCACACUGACCAGAGAGCGACUGCAGACCGACGCUUUUAACGAGCAAAGCUACACAGAGGACUUCAUGGCAAAGGCUCUUCCUCAGGUUUGCUCUGAGCAGCAGGACUCUCUGGGCUUCAGCAGCGACCUCCAGCAGCUGUACGCCUCCAUCGUUGCCCAUGGCAACACACGGAAACGCAAACUGUCGGAGGAAGACGACGUCGAGGAGGAGCAGCUCGCCUCCUCCGAAGACUCUGACCUCACGCCUUCUUUAGGUGAAGCAGCGAUGAGCGGUGAAGCAGGUGAGACGGGCGGAGAGCAGAGCCAGGCGGACGCACCUGGAGACAAAACAGACAAACCAACAGCACAGCAGUCUUUCUCCCUCUCGUCCGAACCUGCGGAGCGACCGUCCUCCAAACCGAAGAAGAAGAAAGUGGGACUGUUCAGAUGAGCUUCAAGCAGUAGGAAACAAACACAGAGCGUCAUCAUUAACUAAAAACUGCUUUUUAACAUUUGGGAGGAUAAAUGAGAUAAAUGGGUUUUUAAUCUAAUAUCAAAUUCUUCUUUUUAAACACUGGAACUUUUACACUUUGAAGGACUUUAAGUGGGUUUAAUUAAAGUUCAGAUUUGUUCACAUAUACAGAUUUUUAAAUACAAAUGUGUGUCAAUAAAUAUGUUUUUUUAAUGAUUUUGGGAUUUAAGAUAUUAGACUUUAUAUUAAAAUGUCCUGUCACACUCAUUGUGUGUCAGAAACAUACACAA